AUGGAGCCCUUCCGGAAGGGGACCUCGUUUACCCACUGGGUAGAACGGCUUGAGUUUUUGUUCAUAGCUAACAAAAUUCCGGAAGUUGACCGUAAAGCUCAUUUUAUCACGUUAGUGGGUCCUCACGUGUAUUAUGAGAUAAAAUUGCUAUUUCGUACCGGUAGCCUCACCGACGUACCGUUGGCUACUAUAGUAGAUAAGCUCAAGGUUAGACUAGAUAACACUGCUUCUGGGGUUUGCCAACGCAUCUCGUUCAACCAGCGCAUCCAGAACGCUGACGAAUCAGCAGAAGAUUUCUUGUUGGCACUCAAGCUUCAAGCGGAGCUUUGUGCCUACGGGGGCUUCAAGAAAACAGCGAUUCUGGAUAGAUUGUUGGCUGGUUUAAGAGAUGUUAUGUUGAAGCAACGCAUCUUAAGCGAACCUGUUCAAAGCCUAAAAGCAGCAGAAAAUGUAAUACAAACCUGGGAGGCGGCGAAAAGCCACGUUCAGGGACUAGCAUCGAACAAUUUUUCGUCGGAUUUAAUUGCUUCGGUGUCCAAUGGCGGAUCAAUGAGCAAGGCCUUGAGCAAAAUAGCGGCCGAACUACCAAAUGAUGUGGUUAUUACAAAGGACAAAUCUGCGGUAAAGGUAGCAGGUCCUUUGGAUAAUCUGAUGGUAGGCGAUGAGGUGUGGUACAAAAACCACAAUCCUCAUAACCUUCCCGGACACGGAAACAAAUAA